AUGUUCGGUGGGCCUGGCCGUCCACGAGUAGCGCCCGGGCCGCCCAGUGACGAUCCACGACUCGGAGGGAAGGCAUCUGAGUCGGUCGCAGGCGACUUCAGCACCUGCCCAACAUUUCGACGUCCAGCGAGCAGCAUAGCGAAUCAAAUUGGAGGCUCGGCCCCUUCGUCAGCAGGUGACCCGCAGACAUCACCGUCACCGUGUGGCAUCCCGCGGAAUCGCCUCUAUGGUACUGGCACGCACAGCAACCCACUCGAGCAUCAGUACCACGCCGAUGAAGUACCACCAUCUUCCUCGGUAGUCGCAACAACGCUGUCCAUGGCUACUCCACAUCGCUAUCAACAACUCGCAGCGCAGCACCUCUACGGCGCAGCGAACAGCAGCACAGCGGGGGUGCCGGCACCAUGCCCUAGCGCACCAGCUGCCGACUCCUGUAGCGCUGCUGCUGGGACUGUGCCCUCCUCCAUACUGCGCUACACGGACCCACGGGUCCGUCCUCUUCCCAGUGCGCAAGGAAGCAGCUGCUUACUGAGCGGAGCGAAGCAAGACAGUGGCGGUGGCGGCCCGGCACCAGACAACCGGAUUGUAAGCUCUAGCGGACCGAACAGCGGUGUCAAGGAGGGGUGCAGUGAAGCGAAUGAGCUGAGCACACAAGAAAAACUGGCGGUGAUAGAUGGAACAGCAUUGUCUUCAUCUUCAGCUCAUGAGCGUGGUGAUCAGCCAACGAGUGCGAUGAGGCGAGCCGCAUCCGCGCACGAAGCCUGCCAGCUCUCACCAAAGCUGUCGAGGUCGUCAACAGCAGCGCCACUGUCAAGCGUAGCUGUGGCCGCCACGGCAGACGAUCGAGCACGGAGUCGUGGCAGUGCCACUCGACGUGAGCAACAGCAACGGCUGCAGCGACAACGGACUCCGUGGUUUCCCUCCCGCACUGCCACUCCAGCGAGGUCCACUUCUAGCAAGCACCUGCCGCCGCCGCGCACGGCGCAGUGGGCGGUGAAGCUGAUCGAGGACUUUGUGGCACAGGUGGCGGUGCAGCAGGAGUCAGCAGCAAUGGCGCCGACCAUUGUGCCGCUGUACGGUGCCACGAGUGCUUUGGGCAGGAAAGAGACCGCCAGUGGCCGCGACACUACGACCACAACCACUGUGGCCGACCUCACCGCGACUUUCCUGUCCUCGCGUUACGGGAUGCUGCAGUGGCGCCGCAUACUGCACGAGUUUGCGGCCUGCCUGCACCGCUAUCGACGACUGAGUCCCACGUGCGCGGUGUUCCGCGAGUACUUCAUCCAUGUCGACACGGAAAAUCUCGGUGACUUUUACUUAUUCUGUCGUCUCUACGCGGCUAGCGACAUUCAGCACUGCUCGAGAGUAGAGACGCAGCGUGUGGCGUUUGUGACAGAGACCGCUGACAACGCUCAUACCAUCGUGUCCCGCCGCUACGUUGACGAGCGGGAGGUGCCUGAUCGACUGCAACGCAUGCUGCAGUAUGUGGUGCUGAUGGACUGCUCGCCGCGCCUCGUCGUCGGAGUGGACAGUGGGGCCGUCAGCCGCACUGCAUCAGGUAGUGUGUCGACGUCUCGUCGGCCCAGCGGGUGUGUGCAAUAUCGCUAUGCUCGUGAUCCGUCCGCCUGCGUAAAAGAGGUGCCGCAGCGGCGCCACCUCACUGACGACGAGGUUCGCAGGGUCAAGAGGGCGGUGCUUGAUUGGAUGGAGGAGGCGAUUUGCAAGUGCACUCGUGAGCGUAGCUACGGUGCUGUGGAGUCACACGAAGACGACGGUGCGGAGGAGGAUGCGAGGUGUGAGACUGCAGGGGGAGACCUGCUGCGCAUCUCGUUUGACCGUGAGGGCUGGGUAGAUGCGUAUGCGCUGUUGCAGACCACCCUGGAGGUAGUAAAGCUGGCGUGCCGCGCCCGCCACCCUUCGCCUCAAAGACGCGACGAGGAUGCGAGUCAGGCUGGCGAUGGCGCCUGUGGCUUCGAGAGGAACGAAGAUGCGUCUGACCGCUCACAGCGGCUGCUGCAGCAGUGGCGCUUAGCGGGCAGUAGUGCCCGACGUCCACCACUGCAGCGGGAGUUGGUACCGCCACCACCGCAUACGCACUCCUAUCCGCUGGAGGAAGUCACCCCGCCUCGUUCGCGGCCUCAGCACCGCAGUCCAGUGCAGUGUUCCAUACGGCCCACAGGCGAAGACGAGGACGGUGCUGAGGCUCCGUACGUGACACAGAAGCGGCAAGCGCCCUCCUACAUGCAGCCUCGCACGUCAGUCUUCACCGGCACCUCAGCUACACGUGGGUCGGCGGACGGUUGCCUGUGGUCUCCGUCUCGCGAAUGGGUCACAUCACGGCGCCAUCGCGCAUCCACCGGACAACGAACAUCCUCACGCUCACCACGGCGGCGGGUGGCGGCCGCAGAGGAGCGCCGACAAAACCCGCCCGCGAGUCAGAUGCAGGAGCAGGGGCAGAGCAACAGGGAAAGGAAGGCGGACGAGAGCCGGCUUCGCUCGUCGUACGACGAGUCGUUCUUCGCGGCGCACGAGGGGCCCUACCAUCAUCACCCAUACGUGGCACAGCUGCACGGCAAUCAGCUCUGGGCUGAGGCACAAAAAGAGGCCGCAGCAGCGUCGAAACAGCGAGGUAGUUGCUGGGGCGACUACUACCCACGCAUAUACUCGCGUGUGCACGGUACACCAUCACCUCGAAAACCCGCCCAUGAGCCAUGCGCAGCGCAGAACACUUUUGCAUUCUCAACGUCUUCAGUGGAUGCCACCAUUGACUCCAUUGAUGCCGAGCUGCACCGACCCCAGGCACGCGUUCGUGACGACGGCUUGAGUGAUCCACUUCAGAUGACGGCCCACUCGGUAGAUCGCUCACCACGUGCGUUCCCCGCACCAGAGAUGCUCUUUUUCACAAACCGGCAAGAGACGCGCUGCACUGCUCGCUCUACCGACGGGCUCCCGCUGCCCCCGUCGUUCUCCCUAAUUGCCCCGCCAGUUUCUACGGUGGCCUACCCUGGUCGCGUUCAUCCUAUCGCGGUGAGGUCGCUAGGCUCUACAGCCCCCGCGGCACGAGCAACCCGUGUUGUGGACAGCACACCAGCCGGCUCAACGCUCCCCAUUCUCUCACCGUGCGCCAUGUCAUGUACGACAGCUGCAAAGGAGCCUGUCGCCUCUGCCGCACCUCACUCCAGCCAUGAGGCGGCGGCAGCCGUGACGAGUAACACGGUCUUGUUAACCGAUGAAGAGCAAGCGAUGCUAGAUGAGCUGGAGAUUGCCCUUCAUCGACUCGACACGCGGCGUCGACGUGAUUCCGCCACCAUCACUGCUGCUGCUGGUGAUGCGCCUGCUGCGGCCAAGGCGUAUGCAUAG